ACUCCCUGAGCAGUGAGGCCCAGACACAAACACACACUGAGAAAGGAUUCUGCCGAGGUCUGAGCGACUGCUUGUAGGUCCAAUCAUGGUGGAACCGACAUCUAAACCAGUGGCUCUGCUGCUGCUGUUCCUGCUGCACAGCUGCCUGGCCAACCAUGUUUUCCUCAAUAGUCAGCUGGCCUCACAGGUUUUGGUCCGGAACCGAAGAGCCAAUCAACUGUUCGAGGAGUUGAAACCAGGGAACCUGGAGAGAGAAUGCAUUGAGGAAAUCUGUGACCAUGAAGAAGCCAGAGAAGUGUUUGAGCAGCCAGAUAAAACUGAAAAAUUCUGGACCAAAUACAUUGACUGUAAAGGAAACCAGCUGUCAAGAAAAUCAGUGAACAUCAACACCAUCAGACAAUGUAUUGCAGGCCACUGCAUUUCUGGUAAAGGCAUGAACUAUGAAGGACAUGUCAACAUCACAAAAUCAGGAAGACAGUGUCAAUACUGGAAGCACAGCUUCCCACAUCCCAUCAUGAGAGAGUUUAAUGUCUCGGAGCCCAACAGCAUCCUGAAGGAGAACUUCUGCCGAAACCCUGACAACCGUCCAGAAGGACCCUGGUGCUACACCCAAGACCCCACUGUGCAGAAAGAGACCUGCAGGGUCCCAAAGUGUGGCGAGGUCUUUGUCCCGCCCACUGUGGCUCCUAGACGCAUUCAUAAUCGAGAUUGUCUGCCCAGGUAUGGUGUAGACUACAGCGGGAACUUGGAUGUUACCCUGCGAGGCUAUCCCUGCUUGCAGUGGUCAUCACCACAGGCGGUGGCUCUGAGUCGAGGCAAGGAGUUCAUCCCCGAGGUCAUGCUAAAGGACAACAAGUGCCGUAACCCUGACAAGGACCUUGAAGGCCCCUGGUGCUACGUGGAGGUUUCUGGGAACGUGACGAUCGACUACUGUGAUGUAGAGCUGUGUGAGGAUCCACUGGAGGCCGAGGCGACAGGAGAGACUCAGGCCAGGGAGCGCUCUGUCAUAACCGCCCCUAGAAAAGCCUUGUUCAAUCCUCAAAGCUUUGGACAAGGAGAGAGUGUGUGUGGUGAGCGCCCCCUCUUUGAGAAGAAAAGCAAAACGGAUGCAAAGGAGCAUGAACUGUUGGAGUCGUACAGAGAAAGUCGCAUUGUUGGAGGGGACGACGCAGAGGUGGCCUCAGCACCAUGGCAGGUGAUGCUGUAUAAGCGCAGUCCACAAGAGCUGCUGUGUGGAGCCAGCCUCAUCAGUGACCAGUGGAUCCUCACGGCAGCUCACUGCAUCCUCUACCCGCCCUGGAACAAGAACUUCACCAGCGAUGACAUUCUGGUCCGACUAGGAAAACACAACAGAGCCAAGUUUGAGCGAGGCACUGAGAAGAUUGUGGCCAUUGAUGAAAUCAUCGUGCAUCCCAAAUACAACUGGAUGCAAAACCUGAACCGUGACAUUGCUCUGCUGCACCUGAGACGACCCGUUACUUUUACAGACGAGAUCGCACCUAUCUGCCUGCCCACCAAGCAAGUGGCCCAGAUUCUGAUGACUGAAGGCUAUAAGGGACGAGUGAGUGGUUGGGGGAACCUGAAGGAAACCUGGAACCCAUUAUCAAGAAAUUUACCCACAGUCCUACAACAGAUCCAUUUACCAAUAGUGGACCAGGACACUUGCCGCGGCUCCACAUCGGUCAAGGUCACGGACAACAUGUUCUGCGCUGGUUAUAAACCAGAAGAUGAAAAGCGUGGCGACGCCUGUGAAGGAGACAGCGGGGGACCGUUUGUGAUGAAGUACCCGGCAGAGAACCGCUGGUACCAGAUGGGCAUCGUGUCAUGGGGCGAGGGCUGCGACAGAGAUGGAAAGUACGGCUUCUACACUCACCUGUUCAGGUUGACCAAGUGGCUGAAGAAGGUCAUCGAGAAGACGGGAGGCGACGACGCAUAACGACACUCAUCAUCUCCUGCCCUGUCAGGGAACACAGCGCUGAUAAACUCACCAAUAAAGCCUGACGAGAUAAACCCUUACAGUGACUGUUUUUAAAAGUCCGGUGACACAUAGAGCAAGUCACAGAAUGCAGAGCUUAAAAAAGAAUCACUUUAAACUUGAUGUAUCAAUAAAUGUCAUAUUGUCAUAUUCCUGA